GGAGACUGGCAGCACUGUUUGUUUAUGUUGAUGCAAAGAUGGCAGAGGAGCGGACCACCGACGAAGUUCAAACGUCAAAAGUUUACGAAAAUGACCCAUUGCACUUGAAGUCAUUCGUUAACAGCUUCGUUGAAGUGAAAACGAACCUUGGCUCUUCAUACAAGGGAUUCGUGUACACCAUCGACCCCGUUUCUGAGAGCAUCAUAUUACUGAAGCGUCAAGAUGACAGAAUCAGUAUGGACAUCAUAGUCGGUCAUGCAGUCACUAGUAUCUCACGAAUUACUGUCACAGAGGAUGUGUCUUCUGAACCUAUCCCCGAUGAGAUGCUGUUUGUAUCUGGGGAACAAAUCUCAGAAGAAGAAGCUGAGAGCCGUAGGGUUCAGUUAAAGGCAUGGUUGUGUGCCAAUCAUAUUCCAGUGGUCGAGGAUGGGAACAUGUUAGUGAUGGAGGAUGUAAUAGUUAUAGAUUCACCGUAUGGACUCAACCAAUGUUUAGUUUCUAAUGAUGUAAUAAUGGAAAGAGUUCACAAAUUAUUGAAACAAAUGCCAUGGAUUAAUGUAUCUCAGUAGUGAUAUUUUUUUAUUCUUAUAGAGAUUGAGUUGUUAUAAUUAUUAAACAGGUGCUUUGGCGAGAAA